AUGACGUCUUCAGUAUUCUUCAAGUUCAAGUCCCAGAAAGAGCCAUCUAGAGUGGAAUUUGACGGUACUGGUAUCUCCGUAUUUGAGCUCAAACGUGAUAUUAUCAUCAAGAGCGGCCUUGGUGACGGAACAGACUUCGAUCUUGCGAUCUACAAUGAAGAUGGCAACGAAGAAUACGAUGAUGAUACUACCAUCAUCCCCCGCUCCACCUCUAUCAUUGCUCGCCGGCUGCCACCCAUCAAGCCAGGAGCAGGCAGAGCCGCCAGGUACAUGUCAGGUAAAAUGCCGGUGAGCGCCAAGAACUCUUCACGAAAGGAGCAGUCAGCAAGCAAGACAAUUGCAAAGUCGACUGUGAGCACAAAUGGCCUUACACAGAUGGAUGGUGCUAUGACGGAAGAGCAGCGGAUGGCAGCCAUGUUUCAAGCCCAGAGCGAACAAUGGUCUGCGCAGCAAGAAGAGAUGGCCAAUCAAACCCCAGUGUACCGACCAGGUGCCAAGAAGGGUCAACUUCCCCCCAACGUACCAGACCACGAGCCUCCUACAGGAUACAUCUGUUAUAGGUGUGGCGAGAAAGGGCAUUGGAUUCAAGUCUGCCCUACGAAUGACGACCCCAACUUCGACAACAAGCCAAGAGUCAAGCGUACAACUGGAAUCCCGAGGUCAUUCCUCAAAACUGUGGAGAAGCCUGUGGCGCUGAGCAACGAUGGCACGACGGAUGAUACAAAGCCUCCGUCGGGUGUUAUGGUGAAUGCAGAGGGAGAGUUCGUGAUUGCAGAGCCAGAUAAGGCAUCCUGGGAAAAGUUUCAGGCCAAGACCAAGUCCUCGGCUGCUGCGCAAGAGGCUGCUGCUUUAGGAGAUAAGGAACUUCAGGAUAGAGGACUGGAGUGUCCCAUCGACAAGAGAAUAUUCAUAGAUCCAAUGAAGACGCCUUGUUGUGAGAAGACGUACUGCAAUGAUUGCAUUACUAAUUCACUUAUCGAAAGCGACUUCACAUGUCCUGGAUGUCAGACUGAUGGAGUAUUGAUUGAUGAUCUAAAGCCUGAUGACGAGACAUCUUCGAAGAUAAAAGCAUAUCUGGAGGAGAAGAAUGCCGCGAAGAAGGAGAGGGAAAGAUCUAAGAGUCCCAGCGUAAAGCCCGAAAGCCCUUCUGCUGCGGCAGAGAAGAAGGCCACGCCGGCAUCACCACCGCCAAAAUCGCCAAAGUCACCUGUACAGACCAAGUCCCCGGAGCAGUCCAAAUCACCGAAAGCGGAGGCGGCCACCGUAAAGGAGGAAAGUUCGAAAUCCAAGAAACGUCCAGCGGAAGAGCUACUCGAGAAUCCCAAGAUCCCCAAGGGCCCCAAAGCCAUGCAGCAACAAGAAGCGCAGAAGCAGGCCAUGUUGCAGCAGCAGGCAGCCAUGAUGAAUGGGAUGGCCGGUCUCGGCGGCUUCCCUAACAUGCCCUUUGACAUGUCAGGACAGUUCUUUGGCGCCAACGGCUUCGGCGGGAUGCCGAUGAUGAAUGGAUUCGGUAUGGGCAUGCCGAAUCCGAUGAUGAUGAACCCCAUGAUGGGAGGCAUGAAUGCAUAUGGAGGAUUUGGGGCUAUGAACGGCAUGAAUGGAUUCGGCGGUGCCGGCUUUGGAGGGAUGGGGAACAUGGGCGGCAUGAUGGGUAACAACAUGGGCAGUGGAGUGCAGGCCAACGGGGCAGGAGCCGCUGGAGGGUUCUCGAAUCAACAGAAGACCGUCUUUGCUGAGCCUCUACCGAACGAAGAAGACAAUGCGUAUUUCCGUCAGCCGGUCAACCCGCAUCGCCACCAAGGCCGACAACGAAGAGCCAGACCGAGCGACUACCGAGAGCUAUAG